AUGCAACCGGAAACGGUCUGUCGCUUAAAAGAUUUACCUGGCAUUGCAUUAGCCUGCCAUGAGAAUUACCUUGGAAGAGGAUUCCUCAAGAGCUUUCACAAGAAGGCGAAAUGUUCGAAACGAGAGAAGUCCCCGAUCUCUCUGGGAACUAUAGUACAAAAUGUGGCUUUCUAGCUCAUCCAAUGACGAAUUCGAUCUGAACAGCAUCAGUAGCUACUUGGACGACGACGCGUCGGCGGGCACGUCCGGAGGCAGCAAGCAGUACAGCAGCUUCGACCUGGGCAAGGGCGCCCCCAGCAGCAGCUACAAGGGCCUCAGCGGCUUCUCCCCCUCCUCCAGCGGCCCCAAGCCCUCAGGAGCUAGCAGCUACAGCGUCGGCUCCAGCUACCACGGCUCCUCCGACUCCAACUUCGGCACAGGCGGCAGCUUCUCCUCAGGAUACAAGGGCAGCCAGGGCGGCUUCAACAGCGACGGCGACCAGGGCAGCUACAGCAGCUUCGGCGGCCACAGCGGGGGCUCCCCCCACGAGAGCAGCUACACCACCACCGGCGGCGCACAUGGCGGCUCCGCCGGCGCCCAGGCUUACAGCACCCCCGUCAGCUCCAGCCAGUCCUACAGCACUGGAGGCUCCUACAGCUCUUACAGCAGUUCUCCAUCUGCUUCCUUCAGUGGAUCUCCAUCCGGCUCUUACAGCAGUCCCCCAUCCAGCUCCUAUUCAGACUUUGGUAAAACCUCCAGUUUUCAGAACUACGGGAGCUCCGGCCCUAGCCAUGGUAGUUUCUCUUCUGCUCCUGUCAGCCAUGGAAGUUAUAGCGGCCAGAGAGACAGUGGAACACCCGGAGGUCACGUGAGCUUCAGAGGCAGCAGCCCAAGCCUCCAGACCUACAGCGGACCCAGCUCCGACCACUACAGGGGACCUCCUGCAUCUUUCGGCGGUCCUUCUAGCUCCUUCGGCGGUCCUUCUAGCUCCUUCGGCGGACCUUCUAGUUCCUUCGGCGGUCCUUCAAGCUCGUUUGGAGGUCACAGAGGUAGCUUCAGCAGCGGCCCAUCCUACUCGAGCGGUGGUAGCCCAGGACCAUACUCUGGAAGCGACGGCCCAGGCCCAGCCCACUACCCUGGAAGCGGUGGCCCAGGACACUACUCCAGCGGAGGGCCCAGCUAUUCCAGCGGUGGACCCCCAGGCAGCUACAGCUUUUCCCCAUCCUCAGGACACCCUAACCAACCCUCGUACUCUGACAAAGGUCACAGUGGCCCACCCAGCUUCAGCAGCUACAAGGGAGGUCCCAGCUAUAAGCCUUAUCCUGGAUACAAGUCUGAGGGCGGACACAGGUACCGACGGUACCCCAGCAAGUACUACAGUUCCGGGUACAGGCCUUCUGGUCUUUUCUAAAACAUCUCUCAUUCCUUGGAACAUCAAGGCUGUGACGUUUCGACAAUCUCUCUUCCAAGAACAAAUUAAUUUGGAAAAUAAGUGAUUUUUUCCACUAGAUACCAAAUUAUAAAAUUAUUUUUAAGGCUAAUUAUUUAUUAUUUUUAUAUUUUUGUAUGUUAUAAAAAUAUUGUGCUUUAAAAAAACUUUGUUCUCAUGCUAUAAUUGUUGAUUAUAUUAAAGAUAUAAGCCUUACAAGUGAACAAUUUUUGUUGUUAAUUUUACAUGUGAUAAGUAUUAUAGGAAAAGAUUAAAAUAAAAACAAAUAAGUAAAAUUGCUUUAUAUAAUAUAUUCUGUCAGAAUUUAGUCAAAUUUAUAGCAUUGGAAUGUAAAAUGCUGAAAUUCUGUUAUAUAUACAAUUUACAUUAAAUAAAUAUAAAUUUCAGUUAUACAUUGUUAUUUAUUUACAUUGCUUCUCUUCUAUAACUUAUUUACUACACCUGCGGUUAUGCCAGACAGACUGUGGAAUAUUCAAGGUGAGGGUUGGAGGUGUGAGGCUAUCGCUGUCGGCAGAGGCCGUAUGGCACUGGUGAGCGCUGCUCGGCUUCGCUGGGCUCUGUCCGAGAGGAGUAGAAUGUGAGUACUGGCCCCUGCCGCCAGACCUGGAGCUCGACUGGCUGCCGCUCGUCCUGCGCUGGGACUGCCGCGUCUUACGCACCGUCGGCAAUGCCCACGCUAUUCCCAGGCUCCUAAACACUUCCUCGAAGUUGUCCGAGGAGGAACCCAACCACGAGCUCAUAUCCCUGUCGUCGAGAAGGCAAAGGCUGGAACCAGUCGAGUCCCUGCUACCGUGCUGCCUGGGGCUGCCUCUUAUAGAACUAAUAUCGGGGUCGAACCCACAAGGUUGAGGUGUUUCAGGCCGCUGCGACUCACCACACUCCUGAAUUGUCGACAAUUCGUGAGGAGCUACUUCUGCUGAUCCCAGUCCUGCGAACUUCCUACAAACAAAUAAGAUAAACAUUACUAAUUAUUCG